UCUAGUGAAGAGUUUUGAUCGACCUGACAAUUGAUAGAAAAGGUAUGUACCUAUACCAUGAUGUCUUUCAUUUAUCAGUAGCGAUUCACUGUCGAGCUUGAAUGUCUUUUCUCGUGCUAGUAGUGUCCAUAUUAGCCGACCCUUUAGCAUUCGCAUCUACCAUGUGGCUGAAGCCCGGAUGGCUUUUUUCCCUUGGGUCGGCAGACGUGUACCUAUAUAAACAUCUAAAUUACACGCGAGUCAAAGUAGGUGAUCAUUGUAAAGGAGACCAGAGCAGUCUUCCUUUUCGCUGGCAUGCAUGUUUAGGUGCACGUGAUUACAGACAGAAACGCCAGGGUUAGGGACGAUAUAAUGAACCUAAUGGCAAAUUCUCAUAUUAUCCUUAUAUCGUCAUC